UCACUUCCUGGUUGACGCAGCUAGAAGGAAGAGCUCGAAGAAAGCAACUGAAAGAAAAGGCUGAAGAAGACAUGGCUGAACUGUCACUGUACCUCACAAACGUUAACGUGUCUCUUGGACAAACUAUGGAUACAGAGAAGAGUUCAACUGUGGUGAAAGACUUUGAAAAUGUGGAACUUGGAGAUUUGGGCAAAAAGCAGCCAAAGAUUCCUCGCAGAACAAUCUACUUUGCAAGUGGUGAAACCAUGGAGGAGUACAGUACUGAUGAAGAGGAGGAAGAAGAACAGGAGAAAAAGAACACUUUAAGGACUGUGGAUCCGGCAAAGUUGACCUGGGGUCCGUACGUCUGGUUCCAAAUGUGGAGAGUGGCUACCUCAACCAUCUCAGUUUGUGACUAUCUUGGAGAGAGAAUGGCCUCAUUGCUGGGAAUCACAACACCAAAAUAUCAGUAUGCAAUUGAUGAGUACUACAGGAUGAAGAAGGAGGAGGAAGAAGAAGAGGAGGAAAACCAUCUCUCUGAGGAGGCAGAACGUCGUUUUGACGAACAGAACAACCAGGAGGGCCAGCAGCCAAAGACUGAGCAACCAGAAACAACUGCUUCUUUUGUGAAUGUGACCUUUGAACUGGAGCAGGAAUCACAUGCUACACCUGAUGCAAAUAAAGUGCCUGCACCCAUUCCCUCCUAAAAUUAUUGUUCUGUGGAUUGGGAAUAUUUGACGGUUUUACCAUAUUUACCGUAAGCAAAAGGUGUGCUGGUUUCCUUUUUGGGGGAGUAAAGUUUAUCAUUUGAACAUGAAGAUAACAUGUUGUUUGUGCAUAGCUGACAAUGUUUCUGCUUUGAACGCAGAACUAUUUUAGCAAUCAGUUUAUAAAGCCAUACAUAAAUCCUCUUUUAGUCACUACAACAAUUCAUUGUACGUUUUAAUAAUGAUAAACCCCUAAGAAGUCUGCCAAACACAUUAAAAACUGCAUGGAUUGAACAAGAUGCUGAGACAUUAGUUGUAAUAUUAGAAAUUUCUAUGUUACUGAUGAGUUGUGUAAGGUAGUGUAAAUGGUCAGAUGGGUAGACCCUCUCUUUCAAACAGCUAUUUUUCGUACUAAAUAUUAUUUACUAUGUGAACACGCUUUUUGUGUGUGCUAUAAAUCUGUGCUUUACCCAUGAUUUUUGAAUUCAAUUUCUCUACCCCCCUUACACAAACAAAUGCUUUUCAUUUUGAAGACUGUUUAAUUUAUUUGUGUAUAAUAAUUUUGUAUUAUGUAGGUGAAAAUACACCUACCUUUCUAUAA